CUGUCGUCAGCGGAGCCGGGGGACGGGAGGGAGGGGCGAGCUGAGCGCGGCUCGGCCCGGCCCGGCUAAUGCCGUCCCUCAGCUCUGGGAGUGCAGCCUGACGGCGGCCGGGCUGAGCCGAGCCCGACGACUCGGAUGCGGCGGAGUGAGGAGGAACCCAAUGGACGUUAUGGAAAGCCCACUGAACCUGGCUCACCAGCAAAGCAGAAAGGCGGAGCGUAUGCUAGCAGCAGGAAAAUAUGCCGAAGCAAUUGAUUGUCAUGGGAAGGCUGCAGAACAUCUUGGAGAAGCUAUGAAGCUAACACGUUCAGAACAGGCUUUAUUGUCAUUGGAACUACAGAGAGACAGUCAUAUCAAACAUCAGCUUUUAAUUCACGAGAGGUGGAAGAGAGCUAAGAGGGAAGAAAAGCUGAGGGCUCAGUUAUACCCAGCAGCAACAGACAGGGAGGCUGAUCUGCAGUUGUCUACAAAACUCUCCUCUGAAUCCGAUGGUCUGAAGGCACUUUCUGCGAGUGUAGAAAUAGGUAGCCUUAACAAGGAGGAGUAUCUGCGACGGAUUCAGAAUUCCUGCGAUCGGGAACCAGACACUCUUCUGUUUCUGUUAGAAAAAAAGCAUGUCGCUUCAAAAACCUGUGCAGUGAGCAAAACUCCUAAAGAUGACAAAACAAGGAUUGAGGAGCAAGAGGUGAAAAUCUCUGAGUUGAAGAGACUUGUUGACCUCCUUCUGGCUGAGAACGAGAGGUUAAAGAAGGAGAAUAAGCAGCUGAAGACGGAGAUUGCGAGGCUCAGGAAGUCCCCAUUGGAGAAGGAAUUGGAUGUGGAGUCUGACUUUGUACAGUCGGAGUUAUGGUGCUUGAGUCAACCGUCCACUGAUGUCACCAAUGCUGGGAAAGCAAAAGACAUUCCAAUACCCAACCUUCCUCCUUUGGAAAUGCCAGCUCAGGACAUUUCACUGGUUGAUCUCCCCCUUUUAGAACUUCCUGAGGAGGUGGUGUGUAACCUGAAAGAACUAUUGGACAACCAAAAGGAAACCUCAAAAGACACACUAUAGGGAGUAUACUUGCAAAAAAAAAGUUAACAAAUUAAAGGUACAGUGCCUCAGAAUAGCAGUCAAUGUUCCUGUUGUGUGUACAACACGAGUGCCAGAUGAUCAGAUGUAUGAUCUUUAUGACUUUCUCAUGCAGGUGGACUGGGGCACUGUUUACAGCUGGGUACUCAGUUUCAUGAAUCAGCCUGUGCCACUCAGUGAACUCUUAAUGUGAUGUGUAUUUCAAAGCCAAUCAGGAACGUUACACGUAUUUCUACUGUAUAAUGAGGGAACCAAAUCAACAACUUCUCAAUGAUCAGUUUACAUUACAAUAAUUGGGGUGCAUCAUUGUAUACCUUUUUUAUUGUAGUCUUUCAAUCUAAACAAAUUAGUCUGUGUGAUAUAAAUUGUCUAAAGAUGAACUGUAACUUUUUUGUUGCUGCAUGAAUGAAUAAAAUAGUAUCAGUAUUUGAUUUGCAGAUCAGAUAAUUAAAUAAAAAUACUAUCCUUGCAAUUUGA